AUGGCUGGCGCCGCCUCGCCGCCUUCCUCGGGUCCUUCUUCUCUUCCCCUCUCACCAAAGGUCAUUCCGUUCUCCUACGACGAGUAUGUAAAGUGGUUAUACACCGCACCAGCGAGGAGCGGGAUCGGCGGUGCCACAGGCAAAGAUGUCGGUCUGCAACGUCACAUGGAAGGCGCACCACCGUCCGAUAGCGCAGCAGGAGCCGCCACACCGUCCGCGCCACCCUCCCCCCUUUGUGAGAUCCCGCAGCACCCCACUCCCCACGUGGACACCGCUGCCUCCUCGGCGCUUCCUGGCGAUGAAAUCGGGUACGAGCGCAAUUUUGCUGUCGCGACGAAUUGGGAGGCGGUGGUGGCGGCCCCUCCACUGGUGCCGUUCACCCCUCUCCUUCCCUCUGUCUGGGCAAGUCGUUCACCCGACCAGCAGGGCGGCCGUGUUUCAAGCGCCACGUCCCUACUUCACCCAGGACGCCAGUCGUUGUCUGUGAAGACGGCAAAACAAGGCGGUGAAGCGGAUGGAGUAGGUCCCGCCACCCCGAUGAAGAGUGGGUCGGAAGGACUGACGCAGAGUCCAGUGUUGCAAGAAGCCUUGCGUUCGACAAGCAUUCUGCCAGCUGGCACAAGUGUGCCCGCUGCGAUAUCGAUGGACGCGUCGCAGGCAAUUUUUUUGUCUUCCCCUUUGCAUCCAGCGGUGGAGAGCGGACAGGUCCACACUGUUCGCAACGCUGCGUCCCCUGCACUUUCUCCGCAGUGGGGCGAGGACGCAAAGGACGAAGGACUGCGGGCUUUUGUGAAGCACUUUCAACACGGGAAGGUGCACACGCGCCCGCCGUGGUUUCUAUGUUCCACGCUGCUGACCAACUGCGAGCACCCCUACUACGUCAAUUGGUUAGAUGAACUGCAGCUCGGGAGUGUGGAGGAGGAGCUUGCGUGGGCGAGGGCGACGCAGGGCAGCGUGCUGGGCGACCCAUCGCAGUUCCAGUAG